AGCAUGAGCAGCAAGAAGGUGUCCUACUUCUUCAAUCCGGAUGUCGGAAACUUCCACUACGGGCCCGGGCAUCCGAUGAAGCCACAUCGACUGUCGGUUAUACACCAUCUGGUGAUGAACUAUGGGCUGCACAAGAAGAUGCAGAUCUACCGGCCGUACAAGGCCAGUGCACAUGACAUGUGUCGCUUCCACAGCGACGAGUACAUUGAGUUCCUACAGCGGGUAACACCUCAGAACAUCCAGGGUUACACCAAGUGCCUAUCGGUGUUCAACGUCGGAGACGACUGCCCGGUGUUCGACGGGCUGUUCGAGUUCUGCGCCAUGUACACCGGAGCGUCGCUGGAGGGGGCACAGAAGCUGAACCACAACCACAGCGACAUCUGCAUCAACUGGUCCGGCGGGUUGCACCACGCGAAGAAGUUCGAAGCGUCCGGGUUUUGCUACGUGAACGAUAUUGUGAUCGGGAUUCUGGAACUGCUGAAGUAUCACCCGAGAGUUUUGUAUAUCGAUAUCGACGUGCAUCACGGGGAUGGCGUUCAGGAAGCAUUCUAUCUGACGGACCGAGUGAUGACGGUCUCGUUCCACAAGUACGGGAACUACUUCUUCCCGGGAACCGGAGACAUGUACGAGAUCGGCGCGGAGUCCGGGCGAUACUAUUCGGUGAAUGUGCCCCUGAAGGAAGGUAUCGAUGAUCAGAGUUACGUGCAAGUGUUCAAACCGGUCAUAUCCGCUGUCAUGGAAUUCUAUCAGCCAACGGCCAUUGUACUGCAGUGUGGAGCCGAUUCCCUAGCCGGAGAUCGAUUGGGUUGCUUCUCGCUGAGCACCAAAGGGCACGGAGAGUGUGUCAAAUUCGUCAAAGAUCUGAACGUUCCGACUCUGGUUGUGGGAGGUGGAGGCUACACUCUUCGGAAUGUCGCCCGCUGUUGGACGUACGAGACUUCCCUCCUGAUAGACGAAACGAUCUCCAAUGAGCUUCCCAUGAACGACUACCUGGAGUUUUUCGCGCCGGAUUUCACCCUCCAUCCGGACAUUCCCAGCCGGCAGGACAACGCCAACAGCAAGCAGUACCUGGAGGCCAUCACGCGGCACGUGUACGACAAUCUGAAGAUGUGCCAGCAUGCCCCCAGUGUGCAGAUGUUCGACAUUCCCGAGGAUGCCCUGCCGGAGGACGUCAAGGUCAAGGAGGAACCCAACCCGGAGGCGCGGAUGACCCAGGAAGAGGAGGACAAGCAGGUCGAGCCGAAGAACGAGUUUUUCGACGGGGAGAACGAUAACGAUAAAAGCGAAAGCGAACCGUAGCGUUAGGGUUAGCGUAACAGUUGCUUAGCGGAUUAGGCUUUAAGUAGGAUUUUAAGCUCAAUGUGGACGUUUGGUGGGUUGACCAUCUUAUUGUAGCAUGGGUUGGUUGGAAGGAACGUUCAACUGCAAAACAAAUACUUUAAAAUUAGGAUUUUAAUUGUACAUCUCCAUUAAGCUUAAACGCAAAUCGUAGCACAUUACGGUUGCAAACACAUUUUAUAAUGAUUCUAGUAAUAAUAAAUUCAAAAAAUCUUCGCAUAG